GCCAAACAAACCGAAGAGAUAAUGAAAAAAAAGGGAAAAAGCAACGACGAAAAAAAACAAAUUUUGUACGACAUCAUGCUGGAGAGUGAGUCCUUUUUCAUCCUAAAGGAGUUGGAGGCGCUCGCGCCAAAGAAGGGCAUCCGCUCCCUCUUCGUCAAGGACCUGCUGCAGCAGCUGGUGGAUGAUAACAAAGUAAAGGCGGAGAAGGUCGGCUUGCAGAACGUUUACUGGGUGCUCAAAACUGAGGAGUCCUCCACCCUGCAGAAUUCGUACCAGGAGAUGAAGGAAAAGACGGAGGAGUAUAAAGAGAACGCCAAGAGGGAGAAGGAGGGCUACGAGGAAUUCGCGAACUCGUUAAGCAUUUCGCAGGACCACCUGAGGGACAAGCUAGAGGAAGCCAAAACGCUGAUGAGCCACCUGGAGGAGAAAAAGAAAGAGCUCGAAAACGUAAAGAAGACAGACAUAAAGCAGAUAGAAAAGAUGAAGAUGCAGAAUGAGUGCGCCGUGGAGUCCAUUCAGAGAUGGAACAACAACAUCUCCUUGGUGAGGCAGUGGAUCCAGGACAGAACGAAAAAACCCGCAGACACGGUCGAUAGACUGCUGGGAAUCAAAGAUAUAUUUAAUAACUGGAACUGAAAUGGUAUAGCCCUCUCAUUGCGCGAGAUGACACCUUGGGAUGUGCGUUCAGGCCGACUCACAUGUACAGUGGGAUGCCUAAACAUGUGUGCAGGGAUUUGUUGCCGUUUGUGGAAAAACGUGUAACAUUCUCCUUUUUGGGAAAUGUUCCAAAUAGGGCAUUUUUUUUAUGGGAAUUUGCUUCGC